UCAGGGCGGGCACGAGGAGGGGGCGGGGCUUGCGGCCGGGCCCGCCCCCUCAGCUCCGGACCGGCCGUUGAGCUCGGCGUGGGCGGGAUCCGAGCUUCUCUCCGGGCGCUGGGAGCGGGGCGGACGGGGAGCCUUCAGGAUGGCGGCAGAAGUGGAACUCAACCAUGUCCAGUCAGCAUCUGAAAUGGCAGAGGGAGAGGAUGACGCACACAUUUUUCAACCCACGAUGUUCCUGGAGCCUCAAGAGACGAGCAUUGAUAUGAAGGCACUUCUGGUCAAGAAAGUGAAGAAAACUUGCAGCUGCACCCCAACCAAAGUUAAAGAACUGAUUUUCAGUUUUCUCCCUGUCUUGCAGUGGCUCCCCAAAUAUAAACUGAGAGAGUACCUCCUGGGAGAUAUAAUGUCUGGUGUGAUAGUGGGCAUCCUGCUGGUCCCACAGUCCAUUGCCUAUUCCCUGUUGGCCGGCCAGGAACCUAUAUAUGGUCUUUACACAUCCUUUUUUGCCAGCAUUAUUUAUUUCCUAUUUGGUACCUCUCGUCAUAUAUCAGUUGGCAUUUUUGGUGUGCUUUGCCUUAUGGUGGGACAGGUGGUGGAUCGUGAGGUACAGAGAGCUGGGUAUGACAUAGAGCCCAGUGUUCAUAGUGGCCUUCAGAGAGAUAUGGGCAUUUAUGUAAAUACCACCAAUUUGGCUGUGAACCAGUCAUCACAACCGCUGUUAUGUGAUAGAAGUUGCUAUGCAAUUACUGUGGGAGCCACAGUGACCUUCAUAGCUGGAGUUUAUCAGGUUGCUAUGGGCUUCUUUCAGGUGGGCUUUGUCUCAGUGUACCUUUCUGAUUCCUUACUCGGUGGAUUUGUCACAGGUGCCUCCUUUACUAUCCUAACAUCCCAAGUGAAGUAUCUCCUAGGCCUGGACAUUCCACGCAGCAAUGGCAUUGGCUCCCUCAUAACCACUUGGAUAAACAUCUUCAGAAACAUCCACAAGACCAACAUCUGCGACCUCAUCACCAGCUUCUUGUGUCUCCUUGUCCUCAUCCCAACCAAAGAGCUGAAUGAACACUUUAAAUCCAGGCUCAAGGCCCCCAUACCCAUUGAACUGGUCGUGGUUGUGGCAGCUACGCUGGCAUCUCAUUUUGGGAGGCUGAAGGAGAAUUAUGGCUCCAGUGUUUCUGGACACAUUCCAACUGGGUUCCUGCCACCCCAGCCACCGAAAUGGGAUCUGAUUUCUAGUGUAGCGAUGGAUGCUGUUGCCAUAGCCAUUAUUGGCUUUGCUAUCACUGUGUCCCUCUCAGAGAUGUUCGCCAAGAAGCAUGGUUACACAGUUAAGGCCAAUCAGGAAAUGUACGCCAUUGGCUUUUGCAACAUUAUUCCCUCUUUCUUCCAUUGCUUCACAACUAGUGCAGCUCUUGCCAAGACUCUUGUCAAAGAGUCAACGGGCUGCAGAACUCAGAUCUCUGGGGUGGUGACCGCAUUGGUCAUCCUAUUAGUUCUACUUUUGAUUGCACCUCUCUUCUACUCUCUUCAGAAAUGUGUCCUAGGGGUCAUAACCAUUGUGAACCUCAGAGGAGCCCUGCGGAAGUUCAGGGAUCUGCCCCAAAUGUGGCAUCUGAGCAAAGUGGACACAGUGAUCUGGUUAGUCACGAUGGUUGCUUCAGCACUGUUAAGUACUGAAAUUGGCCUGCUGCUUGGUGUCUGCUUCUCAAUGCUGUGCGUCAUUGUGAGGACUCAGAGACCAGAGGCACCAUUGCUUGGCUGGGUGGUAGAGACUGAAAUGUAUGAAUCCCUGUCUGCCUACAAAAACCUGAAGACUAAGCCAGGCAUUGUGGUUUUCCGUUUCGAAGCACCUCUCUACUAUAUCAACAAAGAAUGCUUUAAAUCCACGCUGUAUAAGCGGACUGGAGUCAACCCAGCCGAGGUGAAGGCAGCCAAGAAAAAGGCAGCAAAGCGAAUGCUUAAAGAGAAAAUGGUGAAUUCUGGUGGCAGCCAGGUGGACGUUGCAGUGCAGCUUGUCACUGAGCCAUUGGUGUUUCACACCCUAGUGAUUGACUGCUGCGCAAUACAGUUCUUGGACACAGCCGGGAUUCACACGCUUAAAGAGAUCUGCAAAGAUUAUGGGGAGAUAGGCAUCCAAGUGCUGCUGGCUCAGUGCAAUGUCUCUGUGAGGAGUUCCCUGCACCAGGGAGAAUACUUUAAAAAAGAGGAACAGAACCUCCUCUUCCACAGUGUGCACCAGGCUGUCGACUUUGCAUUGGGUGCACAUAAGCAAAAUGGGUGCUGGAAAAGCAACAACUGUGUGUAGGAUCAGGGGGGAAAAUUGUGGAUGUAUAUGUAAUGUGAAUGCACUCACACAGGUAAAAUGCACGAAAGUACAUGGGUAUUGUUCAAAAACUGUAGUGUAGAGCAUAUAGUGUGCUUUAAUCUUGCUCUACUGGAUAGGGUGAUUAGGUAAGUAGUGCUGAAUAUAGGUAUCCUCAGUGUGAUCAUGAUUAACUUGUUAAACCAAUGUUUUUCAUGAUCCUCCCGUGUAUUCCCUGUUGGGCUCAUCAUAUCCUAGUAAUAACCCAGCAUUUAGAUCUGCACCCCUGAUGCCCUUAUUACUGACACCAUCCUUCUGGAUUGAACUUCCUUUGACAGCUGUCAGUACUUCCCCUUAGUGAAUAGCUUGAGGCAACUACACUUUUCCUCCUCAAUUCCAGGAGCAUGCUGCCUCCAUAUCACUCAGUCCUUGUGCUGGCCAAGGAAUGAGUGAGCGGGAACAGAUACCCAGGUCUGUUGGGUUGUUCUCUGACAUGACAAUGGAGAGAGUUUUCUGCUGGAUGAGGACCUGGGCCUGACUUUCAUAAAGAGUUCCCUUUUCUCAGAGUGAAAUUGUAAGUGACAAGAAGAUUCCUUGAUGUGUGAGACUUGUGCAUGUUACAUACGCAGCAGGUCAGGCACUGAAAGAACUUCAGGAAUUGGAGUGAUUUGAAAUCAAGGCAACAAGUCUCAGAGCCCAAGUCUGCAGAUUUGGGCUUACACUAUGGGGCUAAAACCAGCAGUAUAGAUGUUCGAGUUCGGGCUGGAGCUCAGGCUCUGGAAUCCCCUUGCCUCGGGUUUCAGAGCCCAAGCUCCAGCCUGAGCUGGAAUGUCUAUAUAGCUAUUUUUAGUGUUUUAGCACAAACCCAAGUCUAUAGACUCAGGCUCUGAGACUUGCUGCCUUGAUUUGUUUGAGUUCAGGCUGAGUGCAUGACCCUGAGGGUGUGAGUUUUCAUCCCUAAGGGGAAAGCAUUACAGUUUAUCUCACUGUCACAUUCUGUUGCUGUUAUCAGAGGGAUCUGCAGAGCAGGUACUGUGUAGGUUCAGGAGGACUUGUGGCACCUUAGAGACUAACAAAUGUAUUUGAGCAUAAGCUUUCGUGAGCUACAGCUCACUUCAUCGGAUGCAUUCAGUGGAAAAUACUCCCUUUCUUUUUGCGAAUACAGACUAACACGGCUGCUACUCUGAAACCUGUAGGUUCAUACGCCUUUGAUUACACCUCUGAUUGCACAGAGUUUAAAGAAAAGGAGGACUUGUGGCACCUUAGAGACUAACAAAUUUAUUUGAGCAUAAGUUUUCGUGAGCUACAGCUUGCAUGGGUUGGGUAUAUAUUAUACAGGCAGUUCAGAAUGAAAUGUUUUAAUAAGUAACUCCUCAUAACCACUUCUAACCAAAGAUGCCUUGCCACCUAAUCUCUGACCUUGCCACCUAUUAUUCUUAUCUAGUAGAUAAGGAUUGGAGCAAUGGUUUUCUUAUUUAUACACAUGGUUGUAUAUUUGUCGGGAAAGUUUGUCUUUUUAUGUUGAGUUCCUUUGGACAAUCCUGACAGAUUUUUAUUUAAAGAUUUGUAGAGCACAGUACCAGGAAUGGAUUAUAGAUUGGAAGCUGUAAGGCAGGCUAAGUGUAGCCCGACUCAUGCUUGUAUUUAAUUAUUUGCUUAUAUUCAGUUAUUUGCCUAGCAUUUAAGAGCAAUAGCAUGCUAUACUACAGAAUCGUAGGAAUUAGACCUAAUCUAUUAUUUUUAGUAAAGGACUGUCCCUUGCAGUCAAUAUUGUGUGUCAUACAGAUUGAAUCAUAUAUGUUAGAAAUUGAAAAGCUGGGCGAGGUAAUAUCUUUUAUUGACCCAACUUCUAUUGGUGAGAGACAAGCCACCCCAGUUUUUCUUUACCUUGUCUCUAAUAGCCUGGGACCAACGUAGCUACCACAAUAUUGGAAGCAGAAAUGAAGAAGGCCUUUUUAAUUAUCCGUCCGAUCCCUAAUUUUGCAACUUUAAUGAAAACUUCAUGUACUGUUCAGUAGAAACAAGUAACUUGUCCUUCACACAUGCAAAGUAACUGUCUUUAUGUAACGGGAAGGAUUAAUACAAAAGAAAUGGAAACCAGUUAACAGAUCUUCAGCUGAGUUCUAUUUACACAUAGGAUCGCCAACUCUAGACAUUCAAAAAUUGAGUGUCACUCCUUUUAAAAAAAAAAAUCAUGACAUUGGCUUAAAAAUUAGGAGGUUAAAUAAAAAUACAUUUUGUCUUCUGGUUUCUGAGCCUCUAGGGUGUACUUGGACCAUAUUUUCAAACUUUUCUCUGCAACCAUGAGGGGUUGAAACUUUUUUUUUAACAUGAAAAUGAGACGAUCGUGUAAUCACUUGACUCUAAGAGCAGGAGCUUUAAGAAAACACCAAAUAUCACAAGACUUGUGAUAGACUCACAAAACUUGGCAAUGCUGGAACUCAGAAUCCUCAAAUCUUCUGCAGUAGCAUACAGGCAUUUUGACAAGGUGUGAUCAGAUGAGGAUUUUUCAGGUUCCUGAGUUAAGAGCUUUAUAAACUGUUUAAAUUUAAAAAAAAAAAAAAAUUCAGAGAAAUGUACUUGAUUGACCAGAACAUAAAAUGCUAUAGGUAAAUUCAGGAAUACAUGAAACAUUAGAUUAUAAUUAUUUUAUAAUGCUAAGAGUACAAAAAUGCAUUCCAAAAUAAACUAUACUAAACAAAUUCCUUUUUUCAGAGGAUUUAAGUAGAAUACAAUUUAUGAUCUUUCCACAAAGUUUACAAUCCUGCACAGCUUUGAGAGAGGGAAAUACAACCACAAUUAAUCUGUUCUAAAGACUUGAGCUUGUGGCUGUUUAGAUAAGAAAUUGCAAUUGACCAGAUUCUGCUGUCCCACCGUAGUUUCCAUGGCCAUGCUCUCCUCAAGUCAGUUUUUCAUGAAGCUCCAGGCAAAACUUCCCUGGCAGUAUAAAGCAUCAAUUUUGCAACAAGAAACAGUAGGUCUUGUCUGAACAUCAGUAGGAAAAUGUUAAGCCUCCAGAGCGCUUAGUACCUAAGCAUGCUUCUAUAGCUCACAACAUUUAGGCUAAUGUCAAGAGACAACAAUUUUAUCGUAUGCACAAUGACACUUGAAGACUUGAGACUGACAGGACUAUGUUUAAGUGUAAAAGCCUGUACACUCCAGCAGGGGGCUCUGCAUGUUCACAUAUUCUAGGAAGAAAAAGCCAGCAUAUAUUGAGAAAUGUAGAAGUUAAGCACUAGAGGAAGAACUAAGCAUGAGAGUAAAUGAAAUGAAUGAACCCAAUAUCAGCCAACUCAGAGGCUUGGCUGAAUUGCUUUCAAUAUGAUUGUUCACAGGACCAUAAAGUGUGACUGGAACAUUGAUUUUAUUCCCGCCCUCCCCCAUUAAACUGUUAAACAUUAAACUGUUUAGUUUUAAAUACUGAUUAGUAACAUAUUUCAGGAGAACAGACUGAUGUUGGAGAAACAUUGUCUUUUGCUAUACUUUCACUUCCUAGUAAGUGUG